AUGGAGCACGAGCAGAGGCUACACCAAUUGACGGUACGACGGACUACGCUUAUGGCUUCGCUGGAUCGUGCGGAACAAUUUUUGGAAAGUUCCGAUGACAACAGGGACAGGAUUAUGCUACAAGUACGACUGGAAAAUUUAGAUACGAUUUGGCGUGAAUUAGAAAGCGUUCAGGCUGGUUUGGAAUGUGAAGUAACGAGUGAAGAAGGUAUGAAUCAAAACGCAUGUCACCGUACCUCCUAUGAAAACAAAUACUUUCGAAUAAAGGCUGGUCUUCUCUCUAAGCUCUCUCCUUUUCUUCCCAAUGAAAACAUCCCUCAAACUCCGCAUGCUAUGGUUUCCUCUAGUCUAAAGGGUCUUAAGCUUCCAACUGUCGCUUUACCAGAGUUUGACGGAGAUUUUAAACAGUGGUUAGCGUUCCACGAUACGGUUUUGGCGCUAAUCCACUCCAAUUCGGACGUACCGGAUAUACAAAAAUUUCACUACCUCCGCGCAGCAGUGAAAGGUGAGGCAGGGCAACUCAUAGAAUCAAUCGGAAUUAGUGCUGUGAAUUACCCGUUAGCCUGGCAAGCUUUAGUCAAUAGGUAUGCUAACGAGUACCUGUUGAAAAAACGGCAUUUGCAAGCAAUGCUGGAAGUUCCACGUGUCAAGAAAGAAACUUCAGCGUCCUUACACGGAACUGUCGAUGACUUCGAACGGCAUUCAAAGAUAUUGAGACAAAUUGGUGAACCAGUGGAUUCCUGGAGCACAAUCUUGGAACAUUUACUGUGUAUUCGACUACCGGACGAAUCUCUGAAAGCUUGGGAAGACUAUGCGUCCACUAUUGAGGAGCCUACGUACAACGCUCUCGUUGAGUUUUUACAGCGCCGUAUCCGCGUUUUGGAUUCCAUCUCCGUGAACCACACCCACUCACCAACUUCUUACGUCACGACCACAAAUGUUUCAACAGCUCGAAGGUCUUCCAAUCCUAGACCAUCUACCAGAUCUGCUGUGGAUACCUCCACUAGGUGUUACGCGUGUGAGCAACGCCAUCCAUUGUUCAAAUGUUUCAAAUUUGAAAGGCUUCCUCUGACAGAAAGGAUAAACCUUGUCACGCUAAAACGACUAUGCAUGAACUGCUUUCGAAGUGAUCAUUUUGCUAGGAAUUGCCCAUCGAAGUACAGUUGCAAAACCUGCAAGAAACGUCACCAUUCGCUCCUCCAUCCAGGGUAUGUUGACAAUGACGGUCAUUCCCACUACGAAUCAACUGCUCCCGCAUCCGCGCAAGCCACCCGGGUUUCAUCAAACGUAAGCGUUACACCCCCAGAUGAAGGUCCUUCGUCCGCCGUCUUCACCGUUGCCACUUCUACCGAGUCGAUAAUGAACGAAUAUCCUAAUCAACCCCAGAAAAACGUUUUCAUGCUAACCGCGGUUGUGAAAAUUACAGAUCGCUACGGAAAGGAACACCUUGCGCGAGCCCUGUUAGAUAGCGCGUCUCAACCAAAUUUGAUGACGGAACGAAUGGCGCAAAUUCUGCGAUUGAAGCGGAAGAGAACAAAUAUUCUCGUCCAAGGAAUUGGAAAACACUCCCAACAAUCCCGAGAAUCCAUAAGUACUAUAAUUCGUUCUAGAAGGGAAAAAUUUGAAGUCAACGCAGAGUUCUUGAUCCUCCAUAAGAUAGUCGCGGAGCUUCCAGUCUACAAUGUAUCAACUCGUGAUUGGAAGCUACCCCGUGAUGUUUUCUUGGCUGACCCGGAAUUCAACAAAACCGGUGAAAUAGAUUUGCUGAUGGGCAUCGAACACUUUUUCUCGUUCUUCAACACAACCAGACGAAUACAUUUGGGUAAACAUCUGCCAACGUUGAUAGACAGUGUGUUCGGAUGGCUAGUAUCGGGGAAGUUCAGCCCAGUUCAUCCGAGUGGGCAGAAAUCUCGCUGUAGUAUUACUGCAAUUUCGUUAGUUACCCUGGAAGAAAGUAUAGAGCGUUUUUGGAAAAUGGAAGAGCUGUCGGAUCGCAUCAACUAUUCACAAGAAGAGAAGCAAUGUGAGCAAUUUUACUCCUCCACUGUAUCCCGUCAAACUGAUGGACGCUAUAUGGAAGAAAGCACGACUACUAAAUUACGUGUAGUGUUCGAUGCUUCCGCCAAAACCAGCACCGGUUUCUCACUCAACGAAGCACUGUUGGUGGGUCCUGUAAUUCAGGACGAUCUUCUGACAAUCAUCCUUCGGUUUCGGACAUAUCCAGUUGCAGUGGUGGCGGAUAUCGCCAAAAUGUACCGCCAGAUUCUACUCCACCACGACGACACUACCCUCCAGAGAAUCGUGUGGCGCUUCAAACCAACGGAUCCAGUAGAAUGCUAUGAACUUCAGACCGUUACUUACGGGUUAAGUCCAUCAUCCUUCCUAGCAACGCGUACGCUGGAGCAACUGGCUGUGGACGAAGGCGAGUCCCAUCCAAUUGGAGCUCUGGCUCUGCGAAAGUCCUUCUAUAUGGACGACUUCAUAGGAGGUGCCCAAUCCGUGGCAGAAGCAAUCGAAUUAAGAAAUGAAUUAACAGAUCUAUUAGCCAAAGGCGGUUUCUCGUUACGUAAAUGGGCGUCUAAUAAACUAGACGUGCUAGAAGGUCUGUCGGCCGAUAAAAUUGGAACUCAAUCGGCUAUCAAAUUUAAUGAACAUGAAACCAUCAAAGCGCUUGGUAUUUCCAGGGAACCCGAGUCAGAUUUCUUUCGUUUCGAUUCCAAAAUUCAGCAUCGAAAAGGAUCUCCUACGAAACGCUCAAUUCUUUCUGACAUUUGCCAACUUUUCGAUCCGUUAGGAUUGCUAUCGCCUGUGAUCAUUAGAGGAAAAAUGUUGAUGCAACAAUUGUGGUUGCUACCAUGCUCGUGGGACGACAAUGUUCCAGAUACAAUCGAGGCCGAAUGGAGGGCGUACAUUGAGCAACUUCCUAUACUGUGCAAUUGCACACAUUCUCGGACGCUUCCGAAAGAGCUUAUGGUGCGUGUACUUACGCCAGACAACAAGACCAAAGUGGGAAUAUUCGUGUUCAACUAA